CACUCACAGAGAGGUACCGCAGCGGUAGGGUACGGCAUUCCCCUUCUUAUUUACUUCUUACCGCCUACAGGGGACGUUAUUUACGGCGGGGAUCGAUUGUACAUGUUAACGCUAUCCGGCUCCAUCUUCGGUAGCCUUGGUGCUGAUGAGUAUAUCGACCUGCGGGUGGAAUAAGGACAGCGGAGAGGAGGAGAGGCUUGUAUGGGAGCACAGGGCUGUCUGCCCCCGCAGAUGGGGCGCCCGUACCCCUAUCUUUGUCAGCAGGUAAGAAGUAUGAGGGUGACGUCAGAAGAGGAGGGUGUGGCCCUCGUGAUCGACAAUGGGUCCGGGAUGUGUAAGGCAGGGUUUGCGGGGGAUAACGCGCCCAGGGCCGUGUUCCCUGCAGUGGUCGGCUCUCCGAGACACGAGGGAAUUAUGUUAGGUAUGGGGGCCAAAGACGCGUACGUGGGUGACGAGGCUCAGAGCAAGAGGGGGGUGUUGUCCCUGAGAUAUCCCAUGGAGCACGGCAUCGUCACCAACUGGGACGAUAUGGAGAGGGUGUGGCAUCACGCCUUCUACAAUGAGAUGCGGAUGGCCCCCGAGGAGCACCCUCUGCUGGUGACCGAGGCACCCAUCAACCCUAAAGUCAACAGAGAGAGGAUGACAAUAACGAUGUUCGAGACGUUUAACGUGCCGGCCCUGUACGUGUCCAUCCAAGCCGUGCUGUCCCUGUACGCCUCCGGCCGGACCUCUGGGAUCGUGCUUGACUGCGGGGACGGCGUGUCCCACUGUGUCCCCAUCUUCGAGGGGUACUCCCUGCCGCACUCCAUCAUGAGGCUGAACCUGGCGGGAAGAGACAUCACCCAUUACCUGAUGAAGCUGCUGACAGAGAGGGGGUACUCAUUCGUCACCUCAGCCGAGAGAGAGAUCGUGAGAGAUCUGAAGGAGAAGACGUGUUUUGUUUCCAUGAAUUUUGAGGAAGAGAUGAUGAGGAUAGCCAUGAACACAGAGCAGAUGUACAAGAGGACCUUUGAACUUCCGGACGGACAGAAGGUCACCAUCGGCAGCGAGCGCUUCAGGGCGCCCGAGGCGCUCUUCCAACCAUCCUUCCUCGGUAUGGAGUGCUGCGGUAUCCACGAGACCACGUACUUCAGCAUCAUGCGCUGUGACCUUGACAUCCGUCGUGACCUCUACGCCAACCUGGUGCUCUCGGGAGGGUCCACUAUGUUCCCGGGGGUGACAGACCGUAUGCAGAAGGAGAUCCUGUACCUUGCCCCUCCCGCCAUGAAGAUCAAAACCGUCAGUCCGCCGGAAAGGAAGUACUCCGUUUGGAUAGGUGGUUCCAUUUUGGCGUCGCUCCACUCUUUUCAACAAAUGUGGAUCAGAAAGUUUGACUACGAUGAAUACGGACCCACCAUUGUUCACAGGAAAUGUUUCUAAGAAAAGCUAAGAAAAACAUACUGGGACCCUACGAUAUAGUGUACUCUAAACAAGUAGGUAGUUUUGUGAUACACCAUAUAUUGGAAAUAUUUCAUAAGAAAAAUUACACCAUUAGACAACGUUUAAACACGAAGAAAAUGGAACACCGUUCUCAGAUAUGGUGCUAUGAUCACACUCACUUUUAUAAAUUCUUAAAGAAAAAACUUUGAUUUGACUACUUCUGUAACAACCUAGGUCAGUAAGGGCGAAUAUGUUACCAUUGAUAACAUUGCAGUGUACUCCAUAGAUACUGAAAAAAAAGACAGGUUUGUACCUAUGGCUAAAUACUUAUAUUCUUGAGUUUUCCUGUAAAGCCACAACGAAAAGGCAGCAAUGUAAAGAGGAAUGUUGUUAUGAUAGAUUGAUAAUCGAUGAAGCGGCCAUGGAAAAGGAACAUGCUACAAACCAGAGUUCUUAGUCCAGGAACUAUAUAACAGAAUUCAAGUUGUAAGCUAUAUACGAUGUGUCUAUUUUCAAUUUAUGAAGACCAGAAUGUUCAAAAUAAAUAAGAAGCUUAAGCCAGGGACACAAAACGAAGUUGACAUCUGCCCCCUAGCGAGGUUAGAAAUCAUGACAAGUAGCCACCAUAUUUGACUUAGACAUAUAUGAUUCAAUAAGCAAUCAUGUGUAAGGUAAAUAAACAGCGUUGUUGCAUCUUGUGUUGUGUAUAUCAAGACAUUCUAAAAUAUGGCACCUUUUUUCUUCCUAGAUUAGAUUUUAACUUCGCUAAUCGAAGAAACUAUGUCAGAAAAAUGCAAUAAUGUUUGUGUGUUUGUUUGAUGGGAUGGAAUCUUUUCACUGUUGGUCAAAUAUAUGUAUAUUCUUACUUUUGUAGUAAUAGUCUUACUGUUUUAAGAAAUUUUCAAAAAACAUAGCACCAUAUAAGUGAUGUCUAUUAUUUAGCUUUAUCCAUAUUAUCGAAGUGGCAAAGUACUAGUAACACUUUUACCCGCUGCUUACUUGCCACACUUGUUUCGCUGCACACAGAAGUGGGUCCACUGUCAUGUUUGUAUCACGGCUUUUGUAAAUAAAUGGACAGUUAAGGACCGA